CUGACUGGUAGUCUUCUGGCUAUUGCCAGGAGAGACCUCUCAAAGAUGGCGGAGACGCUGGCUCGGCAGCUAGACGCUCGCCAGCGCAUUUCUCCAGUGGCCAGAGAACCGUCUGUAUCUAAAUAGUAGUGGACAUGCAACAUCGACGCAAGUGUCUUACGGACGACCUGCUAAGCUAGUCUAGUGUUCCAGGUCGCGUGUGAAAAAGUGUGUGAGCUGCUUUGAUAGCAGCUGUUUGGCAGCGGUAGAUCGAGAAAGUGUUGUUUUCGAGGAAUUCGUCAGGGGUGAUAUAGGCAAAAUGACCACGGAGUACACGAGAAACGUGUUAAAAAUGGUGGUAGCUCAAAUUUGCCAGACUGUUGGCUGGCAUUCCAUUAAUUCCACACCAUUGGAAUUUAUGGUUGAUCUUAUGCAGGAGUAUAUUUUUCAAGUUUCAAAACUUACUCAACAAUAUGCUCAAGUUUUGGGACGGUGUGAUGCCAAUUUGGAUGAUUUAGGCUUAGCAUUUCGACAUAUGAACAUUGACUUGCAAGAAUUGGCAGAGUAUGUUAAAAAUGUUGAUUCUAUCCCUUGUGUGGUUUCUGUACCUAAAUUGCCCAUUCAUAGAGAGAGUCAUCUCAAUUUCUUAAAACCUGGUAGUCGAGAAGUGGUCACUCGACCAGUUCAUGUUCAUGAGCAUUUACCUGCUAUGUAUCCUGGUACUGAAGAAUAUCUACCAGAAAUUAAAACAGAGGAUACAAAUUCAAUCAUUGCAAAUGAACCAACGAAUAUUUCUGAAGAUGAUUGCAAUGAAAUGAAUGUUGUUUCCAAUGGAAUAUCUAAUGAUGAUAGUCCAAGUAAAACAGUUGUUCAUCAAAAUGUUUUCAAGAGGCCAGGAGAUCCUGUCACUACAGAUGGACCAGUAGUAAAACGUGCAAAAACUACAGAAGAAGGACGUCCACUUAGGGAAAUACACAGUGUGAUGAUGACUACUUCUGGUUUCUUGUCAACUGCUAGAGAAGGAAAACUACCAGAGGCAAGGACACCACAGCAAGCAAAACCAGAGUCCCCUCCACCUCCUGCUGUGUAUCCUAUGGUUCCACCAGCAGAGGUUAAAGUUGAAAAGAAGCUAAAGAAAAUUCCCAAGAAGAUGGUCUUGGAAGGUGGGAAACCAGAAAAUAAAGAAAAUAAAAAGAAGAAAAUUCCGAAAGAUACAUUGUUUAAACCAGAUGAAAUAAAAGUUGGCAAAGUUAAAAAAUUAGCUGGAAUGAAAGAACAAGCUAAAUCGAAAGCUUUAAAGCCUGGCAGCAAAGUUUCAACUGCCAAUUUGGCUGGCCCUUCAAACCAAAUUGUUACAGGAAAAUUACAAGGUAAAGUACCUGUCGGAGGUAGUCCAAAGCAUGUAAAAUCAUCGAAAAUCAAGGCGGAAAAAGUCGAUAUCGAUAUGGGGUUAGUUGCAAAUAAUCCCUUGUUGUUGAACGAUCGUAAAGAAGAAGCUAUUAUCAAGUUACCGAUCGAACCGGACAAACAGAAGUUAAAUAUUUUUAAAAAGAUCACUCCCAAGUCCAAAGAGGACAAAGAAAUGCUGGAUGUCCAACAGAAAUUCGAUUCGCGCGAGAAUUUCUCUGCUUUCAAUAUGGAGUACGAUAAGCAGCAACGCAAUGACUUGGUCAAACAGGAAGACAAAAAACCCAUUGUACAGAAUAUAAUAGUAAAUAAUAACGUGCCGCGAGUACCGGAAGAUGUUGGGUUAACGGAUAUGAUGAGUCCGAACUCCGAUACGUACAUGUUUGAUAUGUCCCCACCCGGAACGCCGAGAACUCCAAAAACACCAGAACUCAGCCUUCCAGCGCAUGUACCGCUAGAGAAGAAAAAGAAAAAGGAUAAGACUGGUAAAAAGAAGGAACCAAAGCAAAAAAUUCCAAAAAAUAAUCCUAGUCCAAAAAAGGCGCGGCUAUCGAACGACUCAGCCGAGUUGAGCAUCUUGGACCGACCAAAGACGCCGCAGGCCCCGGAACAUUCACCAACUCGCGAUUCAAAACGACCGGCACCAAUCCCGGGGUCAUUCUUCUCAUCAUUCCCGGCGGCACCGGGACAUAUACCCCAUGCCCACGGAAUCUUUCCACUAUCCAAGGGUAUGCAUGGUAUACCCGUUCCGCCAAAUUCGGCUGCGGCGAUACCGGGCAUGAUUCCUCAACGCUUCUACCUGCCUAAACCCGAUAUUAACAGCAGGCCGUUGUUACCGCCAUCUUUUAUGAAUGAGUCGCUGCAACAACCGAGCGGAGUUCAGUUUUCAGCACUGACCAAGCAGCAGACUUUAGACAAACAACCCAGACUAUCCAUAAGUCCUGAGAAAGACUUCGUAAAACAUGCACCGCUGCCGUUCGUCAAGCCUGAGAUUGGAACGCCGUUGCCGCCAAUUAUGCAAAACUCUGUAGGGUUGCCCGCACCGCUCCUUCCCCCAAUGAUUUCGUCAGCGGUGGUGCCGGCGCCACUGCUUCCGCCAAACUUGACCCUGGCUAAACCUUUUAAACCUGAGAAAGCGGAGAAAGCUGACAAGAAAUCAAAAGAACAUAAGAAGGAAAAGAAGGAUAAGAUGAAGAAAAAGAAAGAAAAGAAAGAAAAACAUAAAGACAAGGGUGAAAAGGUAAAGGAGAAGAAAGACAAAUCUGAAAAGAGAGAAAAGUUAGAGAAAAUUAAAGAGAAGAAGGAAAAGAAAGAAAAACGGAAGGAAAAAGAAUUGAGUAAAAAAGUUGCGAAGGAAGAAAAAGUCAUAGAAAGUGUGCCCAAAAUCACUUUUAAGUUAGGGCCAGCAGCAGGAGGCUCUCCACGGCCUCCAACGCCCGACAACAGUGCCUUAAUGAAGAAAAUUACUAUAAAACCACCCAAGAAGCCGGAGGACGAAAUCAAACGGGAACCGACGCCUGAAUUAGCGAAAAUCUCAGCUCUGGUGACAAGGCCACCAAAACAGAAGUCAACAAGUAAGAAAGUGGAGCAGGGCCUCUUAGAGGCGUAUGCCGCACAUUCUUCGGAUGCUUCUUUCUCUAUUUCAACACUUGAUCCUACUCUCCGGGUCAAGAAGCCUCUUAUUAAGGCUUUGCCCCGGAGGGAUUUCUCGCCCAGUCCACCUCCUUACGAGUCCUUUACCGCUAUUGGUAAUACAAAUUUGCCGGGUAGUUCCAAGUUUUGUUUUACCGAUCAAAAUGGACAAACUGUGUGGAUUUGCCCUGCUUGUGGAAAACGAGACGACGGAUCUCCUAUGAUUGGUUGCGACGAUUGUGAUGGCUGGUACCAUUGGAUAUGUGUGGGGAUACAAGUGGCACCAGAUGAGAAUGAAAAUUGGUAUUGUCCAUUGUGUUUAACAAAAAAGAAGAAGAAGAAACACAAGAAAAAAACAAAAGUUGAUGCCUAGUACAAAUUAACCGGGUCUGGAGUUGAACCCGGAUUGUCCUCGCAAAUAUUAGCAUCAAAGAUUAAGUCGAAAAACUUGAGUAAAAUCAACAAAAUUGCCAAAAUCAAUAAGAUCGUAAAAAAUAAGAAGUUAACACGGCAUGAAUUUAAGAAUUUGGCUAAAAAAUUUAGUAAGAAUAAACCCAAAGAUAAAAAGAACAUUCUGAAAACAGCAGGACUAGUUAAAGAUAAGAAGUGUAAAGAAAUGACGGCAGAACAAUUUUGAUUAUGUCGUUCAUUUGAAGUGCAUAAAUAUGUAUACAAUUGUAGUUUAAUUAUGUAAUUAUUGAGAGAAGCAGAAGGAUAAAAAAAGUUGUACAUAUAUAAUAAUUCUACAUAAAAGUUGAGGAUUGCAAAGUUUGAUCAUGAAAGGUUAUGAAUCAAUAAUGUAAUUAUGUAAGAAUGAUAGUUGUAUAGAAAACCAAUGAAAUAGGUCUAUCCUACAACGUAAUUUAUAGUUUUUAUUAUUUAGGUUUUGUAUAAGUUUGCAGAAUAGAAGAUUCUACAGUUUGUGUAUAUAUAUGAACUUUGUACGUGAAGAUAUAAAUUGGCAAAAUUUAUUUUUGCAAGUAUCUGUUUUUAAUUAUUGUUGCAAAAAUUUGUAAUAAUUGUCAACUUCUUUACCUGCUCGACUCACUUGGAGUAUAUAGCAAGGCUAAUGCAUGAAUAAAAAAAUAUAUUGCGAACUUGA